GUUCCUUUAUUGCAACGGCACUUCCAAUUUCGUAUCGUAGUCGGAGUCUCCACCACAGACAUCGGUGUUUGUUCUAUAUUGAGAUCCUCCGCCACAAUCCUGCUAAAACCCUAGAAUUCGAACCCCCAGAUCCCAAAUCUAACUAUUCGAAUCUAUUACAUCCGAUUCCUGCCAUACAUUAGCAGAAACAGCGUUAAAGGAACCCUGAAAAUAGCUAGGGUUUUAAUUUUGGAAAAAGUUUUGGAAAGAAAGAGAAGUGAUGGUUGAGGAUGACAAUGGAAGGAAUUAAAAAAGUUGUAAUUUUAGAUAGCGGAGAAAAUGGGAGCUCCUCGUCACCAGCUGACGGAAAACCUCCCAAUCCACUCACAACCACCCCAGGCUUUCGCCGAUGCUUCAUUGGCUCAGGUGACGUCGUGGAUUCUUCCUCGAUUAAGAAGUCUUUCGUUCGUCAUCCAUCUCUGGUGAGGACAAGGAUGGAAGAUGCAUCUCUUGAAAUAAUGAAUCAAGAAGAUUGUAAGGCUGAAUUUGUGCCACUUGUCAGAUCAGGAGCAUGGGCAGACAUGGGGUUUCGUGGAAGCAUGGAGGAUGUAUAUAUCUGUGCUGACAGUUUUGUGCAUGAUUAUGGUGGCAAGAAUCCAAUUCAAGGCCCAGGUGCCUUUUAUGCGGUAUUCGAUGGACAUGGAGGAAAACAUGCAGCCGAUUUUGCAUGCCACCAUUUGCCAAAAUUUAUUUUUGAGGAUAAUGACUUCCCAAUGGAGGUCGAAAAGGUCAUUUCUGCAGCCUUCACACAGACAGACACUGCUUUUGCUGAAGCUUGCACUUUGGAUGCAGAUCUUGCUUCUGGUACAACUGCAUUGGCAGCCCUUAUUAUUGGGAGCUCUUUAGUGGUGGCAAACGCAGGCGACUGUCGGGCGGUUUUAUGCCGCCGUGGCAAAGCAAUCGAGAUGUCUCGGGACCACAAACCGAUCUGCAUUAAAGAACGGAAGCGUAUAGAAGCUUCCGGAGGAUACGUGUAUGACGGCUACCUCAACGGUCAACUCAAUGUGGCCCGCGCAAUCGGCGACUGGCACAUGGACGGGCUCAAGAACCAAACGGGUGGCGGUGGCCCCCUCAGCUCUGAACCCGAGUUCAUGACCACAAAACUAACAGAAGAAGACGAGUUUUUAAUCAUCGGUUGUGAUGGGAUUUGGGAUGUUUUCAUGAGCCAAAAUGCGGUUGAUUUUGCAAGGAGAAGACUUCAAGAACAUAAUGAUCCGGUUUUAUGUAGUCAAGAUUUGGUCAACGAGGCGCUUAAAAGAAAAAGUGGCGAUAAUUUGUCGGCGGUGGUGGUUUGUUUUCAGGCUGAGCCGCCACGGAACUUGGUGGCGCCGAGGGGGAGAGUGCAACGGAGUGUUUCGGCUGAGGGGUUGAAGGAAUUGCAGAGCUUUUUGGAUGGUUUGGAGAUUUGAGUUUUGGGUCU